CAGGGUGAAGCGCUUUUCCGCUUCAUUUCAUCGUUAGGGUUCUUCAUCAUCUUGCUGGUCAUGCUGCUCAGUCUUAUCUCUCUGGUGCGAAGUCAAGUGGUAGCUCCUGUCAUGUCCAGUAUAGAAAAGCUCAAUGAGAUCGCAAAAGAUCCCCUCACGCCUCUGCGAGAUGAGACGAAGAAGAGCAAAUUCUUGGAAUUGGUCAAGAUUGAAAGUGCCUUGAUCAAGUUCGGGAUGCUCCUGCAAGUCGCCUUCGGAGAGGCAGGGUCUGAUAUCAUUCGUGAGUGCAUCACCAAGGAUGGGCUGAACUACAACAAGCCUGGCAAAGUCGUGCAGGCUUUCUACGGAUUCUGUGACAUCAGAAGGUUCACCGACCUGACAGAGAUCAUGCAAGCCGAUGUCGUGAAGCUAGUCAACAAGAUUGCUCAUCGCGUCCACUCAGCUGCAUUGGAGAAUUUCGGGGCUCCGAACAAGAACAUCGGCGACGCUUUCCUGCUGAUAUGGAAACCAAAAGGCCAAGUGGCGAUCAGCACAGUUGCCGACUCGGCACUCAGGACAUACAUCCGCAUCAUUCUGGAGAACUACAGCGACCCUUACCUACGGCAGGUCGCAAAGAGCGAAGCUGUCCAGCAGCGUGUCCCCGGCUACUCGAACUGGCUUGGUUUUGGCCUGCACUACGGAUGGUCGGUAGAGAGCAGUAUAGGAAGCAAACACAAGAUCGACAUCUCCUACUUGUCUCCACAUGUCAACUUGGCUGCAAGGCUCGAAUCGGCGACCAAGCAGUACAAGACGGAAAUUCUUUUGUCUGAAGACGUCGUUCGCCUCCUCAGCCCCAACGUCAGGAAGCUUUGCCGACUCAUUGAUCGAGUGACCACCAUCACCCUGUCGCAGGAAGACUCCAUCACUGACUUCUACCAGAAAUUUCCUCCUCGACUUCCUCAUCGCCACCUGCAGGAUUUCGACGUGGCAGUCUCCAGCUACCUCGGCGGGGAGGACGGGAAGUUCGCCGAUUGGAGGCUUGCCCGGGAGCUUCUCAAGAAAUGCCUCAAAGGAGGCGAGCGUGAUGGUCCAGCCGAAGCCAUUUUGAACUACAUCAGGAAACACUGCGACGACUCCGGUUGCGCUCCUGCUUCUUGGACAGGUUACCGCGAGCUAGAGGAGAAGUGA